AAAAAAAAAAAAAACUAGAUGAAUAAACCAUAGUCCAUAGGGUUAAUUCAAAGAAGAAUGUCUGACGAGACCGAAAAGUAUCCCAUAAGUAUACAGAAGCUUUUUGCACCCAAACCCCCUCUUUUAUACAAGCCUAGUGUUGACUAUGCCCCGGAGACCCGCAAAACAAUACCAAUCACCCCGAUAUCGAAAUUCAAAUCGAAUAUUAAAUCGUAUCUUGAAGAAAUAGACCAAGUGGAGCCUAGCCAGCGGGAUGCCAGGUUUGACCAGCUUCAACGGAAAAAGGAAGCUAGUCGGAAAAGAAAAGAAACAUUCCAAAGACAAUUGGAUGAAUGGCUCGAUCCAGAAUCUCUAAGAAACAACGAUUAUUAUUCAAAAGACCCUUAUAAGACCGUGUUCAUUGCAAGACUAGACUACUCGUUGUCGGAGCUAGAUCUAUCGAAGAACUUCACCCAUUUUGGAUCGAUCGAUUCCAUAAAGCUUGUUCGUGAUAAGGAAACGGGCCAAUCAAAAGGGUAUGCAUUCAUAGUUUUCGAAAGAGAGUCCGAUGCUUCAAAUUGCGUUAAGGAAUUAUCCUACUCCGGCUUGAAAAUGGGCGACAGAACCUCUUUGGUGGAUAUCGAAAGAGGCCGGGUCAUAAGGUUUUGGAAACCUCGUAGAUUGGCCGGGGGUCUUGGUGGUAGACAUUAUACAACCCCGAAAUCCCUGCUUCUGGUUACUGCUUCCGCUGCCGCAAGUGGCCGUCGUACCAACCUCCCACUCAAUCCGUACAACUCCUCUCCAUCCUUUGACCUGGGCAUGAAAAGACCCGCUCCUUCAAGACCUAACGUUGAUCCCAAAAGACCUAAAUACAGACCUUCUCCCACUACGCCUGGUGCUGAUUCUAUCAAGGAUAAAUACGCAAAAUACAGCAACGCCGCAAGUGCAAACAACCCCAGCAAGUCGUCGUCCUCCAAUCGCUCUAUACGGUCCAUCAGACUGCGUGAUUAAUAUAUAGCUCUUGUCGUCUCCUUCAAU